CGUAUGCGCAUGUGCCCAUUUUCGAGUACUCGAAUUGAAAAGUAUAUUCUCGAGAAGAAUAUGCGUAUACUAAACGGAGCGAAUACUUAAGUUUUUACUCGCAAUGCAACGAGUGGGUAAAGGUAUUCGCUUCCUACAUUGCGAAUACGUUUCUUGUAGAAAGUUGGUGGUAUAAUCUUAACCUUACACGUGAAAAACAAUAUUUAUGUCGUUAUCUCAAUAAUGAACUUUAUUAAUCAAGCGUUUAUUUUAAAUGAACUGGAGGCUGCCGAAUUUGCAGCAGAUAGAAAUCCUCGUAUAAUAUACGAAGAACGUGACCCUUUCCAAUUAAGCGAAAAGAAAUUUGUAAAAAUAUAUCGGCUGUCAAAAAGAUUAGCUACUGAAUUUAUAGAAGACGUGCAGCCUUUUAUUAUACAAGGAACAAGGGUAUCUGCUUUGAGCACAAAUAGAAAAGUACUUACUGCAUUACGUUAUUUUGCGAGUGGCAGUUACCAAUUACAUAUUGGCCAAAAUUUAAAUAGUGCUGUAAGCCAGUCUUCGGUGUCACGAAGUAUACACGAAAUUAUUAAUGCCGCAAACCGUCCAGAAGUUAUGGACAAAUGGAUUAAAUUUCCUCGUACUGUGGUAGAACUACAUCAUUUGCGUAACGAGUAUGUUUUAUAUAAUAGUUAUUAG